CUGAUCCUGAUGAGAACAUGUGUCUGCACCACAUUUCAUGGUGAUCCUCCAAACAGUUGUUGAGAUUGUGAUCAAAAUUGACAGACAGACUUCACUGAAAGUUAUUGUUAGCAAUUAAGAUAACAAACAUUUAAUUAAAUGCAUUAAUUGUUUACUUUCCAGGCUAAAUAACAGCCAUAUUGGCAUUUAAAAAAAAGCUAUAAGCCAUAAUACAUUUUAGUAUUAAGUGAAGAUGUCCCUGAUGUUUGUACCGGUACCUGUAUGUCCACAUAAAAGCACACAGUGCAGCCAAUCUGAAUCUCAAUAUAUCCGACAGCUCUUGAAUGCACCACGAACAGCAACACAUUUGCGGCGCCUCGGCAGAAACUGAAGAGAAGAGGAGAAGAGAAGAGGAGAAGAAGAGGAAGAGAGUGAAUGAUCUGAACUCAGAGGAGCUUCAUACCUGCUCACAGAGGUGCUGACAGCUGCAGGUGAACCCAGCUGCUCCUCACACACGGAGGAGAGACAGAGGAGCCGCGGUGAAGUGGAGGAGAAGAAACUUCCACCGUUUAAAGUCACUUCAGAGGAGAGAGUCAGAGGAUCGGGAGCAGAGCGAGUCGGUGGCAGAUGUAACGUGACAUCGAUGAAGGAGGAUUAAACCUCGGGGAUGUCGGUGUGGAAAUGAAACUGGUGUUGCCACAGUGAAAAGUGUCUCCGGUGCGGACGGAGAUGGCUUGAUUUGUGUUCCCGGGCAGAGAGCGGCGGGACGGAGCUCAUGUUCCUGCGGCGCACGGGACAAAGUUUGCUGCGCUUCUCCCGGACACGGUUCGACUUUCUUUGACACUCCGCUGCUGUGACCGCUCCUCGACCCCCUCCGGCGGUGGGGUCCACCCGGCUCUGGCUCUGGUGUCGGGCCCGCAACUGUCCACGAUGUCCAAACCCGCGCUGAAGAAAACCCACUGGACCUCCAGGGUGACCGAGAGCUCCGUGUCCAAAGAUGCCCGCGGCGAGCUGAACGUGCCGCUGCGAGGCGGCGCGGAGAACGGGGAGUUCGCCCACAUCGGCCCGGUGAACCAGGACGUGGUGCUUUACAAAAGUGGGAAAUUAAACGAAGGGGAGCUCCUGCUGGAGGUGGAGAACCUCUCCAUCUCCGGAUUACCCCUGUACGACGUGCAGACACUGAUUAACAACUGCAAAGGUCCCGUCAGGUUGAAAAGUGUCAGGCAAGGAAACAAGCUUAACAAGGACCUGAAGCAUUAUCUGAGCCUGCGCUUCCAGAAGUCCUCGCCUGACCACGAACUGCAGCAGACCAUCCGAGAUAACCUCUACCGUCACGCCGUGCCUUGUACAACCCGUGCCCCACGCGAAGGAGAAGUUAGUGGCGUGGACUACAACUUCCUCUCAGUGGAGGACUUCCUGGAAUUGGAAAAGAGUGGGACCCUGUUGGAGAUAGGAACAUAUGAAGGGAACUAUUAUGGGACGCCCAAGCCCCCGGUGCAGCCCCCCGGUGGGAAAGUGAUUAGCAGUAGCGGUAGCAGUGGUGAUGCCCCACUGCCAGACACGCUCAGUGGUAGCCUGCCAGGCUCGCAGCACUCCACUCCCCGACGUUCCAAGUCCUACAAUGAUAUGCACAAUGCUGGAAUAGGGCCCGGAGAGCAGCAGCAGGAGGACGACGAGGACCUCCCUGACAUGAACAGCAGCUUUACAGGAGACUCCAGUGAAUUUGAAGAGAUUCAUCACUCGGUGCGCCCCUACAUCCCACGCCAGAGUGAACCGCCCUACACUGGGACGACCCCCUCACCACCGGCCAUCACGGAGAGCACACAGCAGACACACUCUCACCUGAGCCAUCCUCCCCCGGAGGAUCCACAGGGACCUCUGCCUGACAACUGGGAGAUGGCCUACACCGAGAAUGGGGAGGUCUACUUUAUAGACCACAAUACAAAAACCACCUCCUGGAUAGACCCUCGGUGCCUGGACAAGCCUCAGAAACCCCUGGAAGAAUGUGAAGAUGAUGAGGGGGUGCACACAGAGGAGCUGGACAAUGACCUAGAACUUCCACCAGGAUGGGAGAAAAUAGACGAUCCAGUGUAUGGGGUCUACUAUGUUGAUCAUAUUAACAGGAAGACCCAGUAUGAGAAUCCAGUGCUGGAGGCUAAAAGGCGCAGGCAGCUGGAGCAGCAGCAGCCUCUGCCGCAAAGCCAGCAGCCACCUGAAGGUGAGCGCUACAUCCGAGAAUGGAUCGAGGACUCGACAUUGGCCGGUGCCCCUCUGGCCAGCUAUGCUGCCAACCACCAGGAGACCUACAGGGACCCUCAGACAGCACCCACAGUCCCCAACGCCAUGGGACAAAAACGAGGGAAACCUUUCUUUACUCGGAACCGAUCCGAGCUGAAGGGGACUUUCAUCAAUACCAAGCUGAAAAAGAGUCGUCGGGGGUUCGGCUUCACUGUCGUAGGAGGCGACGAGCCGGACGAGUUCCUGCAGAUAAAGAGCCUCGUCCUAGAUGGGCCUGCAGCACUCGAUGGCAAGAUGGAGACAGGUGAUGUAAUCGUGAGCGUCAACGAUACAUGUGUACUUGGCUACACCCAUGCCCAAGUUGUAAAGAUCUUCCAGUCCAUCCCCAUUGGCUCCAUGGUCAACUUGGAGCUGUGCCGUGGCUACCCACUCCCCUUUGAUCCCGAUGAUCCCAACACCAGCCUGGUUACCUCAGUGGCUAUUCUUGAAAACAAAGAUCCCAUCAUCGUCAACGGCCAGGAGGCCCCAAAAAGCUACGACUCCCCAUCUAGCCACGGCAGUCAGAACAACAACGUCUCGACCAACGGCGGUGCACCCCUCAAUGGCCUACCGCGAUCCCACAGCCCUUCAGCUGAGGUGGCCUCCGAUACCUCCUCCCAGCAUGGCUACCCCAGCGACGUGGUCACUCUGGCCUCAUCCAUCGCUACGCAACCGGAGCUCAUCACCGUACACAUGGAGAAAGGAGACAAGGGCUUCGGCUUCACCAUCGCUGACAGUCCUGGAGGAGGGGGGCAGAGGGUGAAGCAGAUCGUGGACUACCCUCGCUGCCGUGGCCUCAAGGAGGGGGACAUCAUCGUGGAGGUGAACAAGAGAAACGUGCAGAGCAUGUCUCACAACCAGGUGGUCGACAUGCUCAGCAAGUGUCCUAAAGGCAAAGAGGUCACCAUGCUGGUGCAAAGAGGUGAGUGCAGCCCGAUCUCUCUUUAAGCAUCUGCUUUGUGUCAGUACGUUCACCUU